CCGUUCGGUAAUAAUUGCAAAUAGCAGUAAGUAACUGCAGCACCCGCCGGCCACCAGUCACCACCCGGCAGCACAUGAUACAGAUGUCUUUAAUAUGCGAUAUUUCCAUGGUAUAUUUACAUAAUACACCUUGGGUAUUGUUAUGUUGUAAAGAUAUCUGACAUAUUAUGAGCUCGGUAGGAACAGUUCUCGUUCUGCUGCAGUCAUAAAUAAACAUAAUUAUAUGAUACCUCUGUAAUUGCAUUGAUAGUCGAUUUUUGAACGAUUUUAUUCGUUAAUUCGAUUAGUGCACGGUUUUAAUCUUAAUUGAUAUAAAGUCUAAUCAAGACUUAUCUAUCAAAGUAUCUAGAGUGUCAACUGAAGACUUCCCUUCCGAAGUUUCGAAAUUCCCAUGCUACACCUAGUCUAAAAUUGUGAACUUAAUUUGUUGCAAUUACUUCUUAAUGGACAAAAUACGUUUUUACGUAUCUUAAACUUUGUUUGAUGAUAAUAUAAAUAAGUUGUAUGAUAUUUAAAUUUUCAUAUAUCUUGUAAUGGAUUCGGCAUCUCCAGUUCUCAACUCUGAUAACGAGUCAAUUUCAGAUACAUUGGAACUGGACUAUGAUGAUACAGACUAUGAUUUCGACAAGGUUGAAGAAACUACUAUUAAUGUUGAUCAUAAAGGGGGAUCGGUUUGGAGAGAUAUUGUUGUCGGAGAACAGAUGGAGGGAUGUCUUACCCGUCUUGAAGUAACCCCCAAGACAGCUACUUACACUGAUAUGGAUGAUCCAAACUAUGAGCCCAAGAAUAAUGGAUCAAAACGGAAACGUGUUUUUUCAUCAACUAAGUCAAAUAAAAAGAGAGAAAAAGAAUGUGAUUUGGAGUUGGAUCAUGUUGUGAAGAAAAGAUGUUCACAUGGUGAUGGAGUUAAGAAAUGCAAUUAUAAAUAUGGAAAUUCAAAAGGAUUUGAGGAAAAAAGAGCUAAUAAUGACAAUACAUCAAAGUCUAGGAUAUUGCUUGAUAUUUGUGAUUCUGAAGAAAAGACUAUAGAUCAGUUUUUGGAUGAGUUGUGCACAAAUCUUUAUGAACACAAUAAGAUUUUAAUGUUAUACAACAGUAAAAAUUACGGUUUGGCAAUGACACAUCAUUACCCGGUGGCCGGGUUGUGUGCAUGGGCGUGGCCAUAUUCCAAAGCACUGGUCUUGCUCGUCAACUUGGUAGAGGAAGGGUCUAACAAUACAUCUGAUCCCCGUUUGACAAACACUGGUCGCUGCCGGUUAAUGAUCUUAUUUUGAGUGGAGUAUAAAUUAUAUUCAUAUGAAAAUAGUAUGUAACAGUACUGUCUGAUUUUUUGAUUUUUUUAUAAUAAAAAUAAAAUGUUUGUUGUUAAAUUAAUCUAAUUAUUAAACUGUAUAGUGACUGUUGCAGUAUUCAAACAUUAGAAAUCCAAAAACCUCCGUGGGCCGAUACUUUGCCUAUCUGGUGCUGCCUCCCCCUUUAAAUCUAGGCUCGUUACUACUCAAAUUAAAGUAUAACCACAUAUAUUUUAGCUAUAAAUAUAAUAUAUUAUUGUGUUAAAACCCAUACAUGGUAAUACAAACUACAUUUUAUCAUACUUUGAGUUUAAUGAUACAAAAAAUAGUUAUGAAUGAUGAUAAUAUUAUAGUAUUUUGGAAUCCAUACCAAUGAUUUAACAAUAUUUUAUACU